UUCCGGUGUAGGAGGAAGUAAUUUGCAUAAAGGUGCCCCGUGUACCGUGAAACUCGGCGAGGAAACCCCGUUUUAUACACCCAGUCGCCGUCUACGAGGGUCUCAGUUCGAAGGGCAGACUUGGGCCUGGAACUGUGACUUGUCGUGGACACUCGGUGAGGGGGCAGUCAACCACCCACCAGCGCGGGUACAAGUUGGGCCUGACCUUUGAUAUCAUAUUUAACCCUACACAUAUCAAUCACCGAGUGACAGGAUCUCCAGACAUCGUAUUCAAGAUGCCAACUGGAAACAGAAUGUGGCUGUGCCUUGCCAUCCUGAUACUUCAUGCGCUGAGCAGUUCCUGUACAACAAGUCCUCCUACAGCUGAACCGUCAAAUAUGGCUACUCCGACCGAACCAUCAUUUCAGACUACUCCAACCGAUCCGUCAGUUCAGGCUACUGUACCCCAAUCGACAGAAUACAUGUACAACUACGACUACCCUGACUACUCCUCCGGAUACGAUCCCUACGACCCAUGUGACGGCUGGCAGGACAACCUGCAAGACCUUCAUUUCGAUCGUGCCGUGACUACCGAGUUUACCAUCCUCACGUGUCCUUACUCAGAAUGCUGGGAUUUCCAGACGACCACGUGGUACAAGGAGGGGGUCAGAUACAAGUGGAAGAACACAGAACUGAUCCAGCAGACUGGAGACAAGCGGGAAAAACUCACCUUCUGGAAAGUGUACCGUGACGACGCGGGAAACUACACGUGCGAGAUGACCAACGGGACGCACACUUUCACCGGUUCCAUCCGGCUCAGCACCAGAGGUAAUUAG